GAAAUAGCUGAGACUACAGAAACUGUUCCAGAGUAACGCAACAGCACCACUUAGAGUUGGAAUGAAGCAGUUCGUGGUGGGAAGAGAGCAAAGGAAACGAGCUGUCAUUAACCGGAGGACUUGAACUACUACGAAAAAAACAAACAAACACAAACACCGUCAAAAACACAGGAAAACAAAGCCACGAUGGCUGGAGCAGAGGUAAAGUCCCCUGCAAACCCGGCAUGUAAAAUAAUGACCUUCAGACCUACCAUGGAGGAAUUCAAAGACUUCAAUAAGUACCUGGUGUACAUGGAGUCUCAAGGUGCUCACAGAGCAGGACUGGCUAAGGUGAUCCCACCCAAGGGCUGGAAGCCAAGACGAAGUUAUGAUGACAUUGAUGACCUGGUGAUACAAGCUCCGAUUCAGCAGAUGGUCACUGGACAGUCUGGGCUCUUCACUCAGUACAACAUUCAGAAAAAACCUUUGAGUGUCAAGGAGUUCCGUCGAUUGGCUAAUAGUGACAAAUAUUGUACUCCUCGGUACCUCAACUAUGAAGACCUGGAGAGGAAAUACUGGAAAAAUUUGACCUUCGUGUCUCCCAUCUAUGGUGCAGAUGUGAGCGGCAGUUUGUAUGAUGAGGGAAUUGAGGAGUGGAACAUUACUCACCUGAACUCCAUCCUAGAUCUUGUUGGAGAAGACUGUGGCAUUUCCAUUGAAGGAGUAAAUACACCAUACCUCUAUUUUGGAAUGUGGAAAACAACUUUUGCAUGGCAUACUGAAGACAUGGAUCUCUACAGCAUCAAUUAUCUCCACUUUGGAGAGCCAAAAUCAUGGUACGCAGUCCCCCCAGUGCAUGGCAAAAGGCUUGAACGACUAGCUGCAGGUUUCUUCCCGAAUAGCUCCCAGAGCUGUGAUGCAUUUCUCCGCCACAAGAUGACACUGAUUUCUCCCUCAAUACUGAAGAAGUAUGGUAUCCCUUUUGACAAGAUCACCCAAGAGACAGGGGAAUUUAUGAUCACUUUUCCCUUCGGCUACCAUGCUGGUUUCAAUCACGGCUUCAAUUGUGCUGAGUCGACAAACUUUGCCAGUGUGAGGUGGAUAGACUACGGGAAAGUAGCUAAAGCAUGCACCUGCAGCAAAGAUAUGGUGAAAAUAUCAAUGGAUCUCUUUGUGAAGAGGUUCCAGCCAGACAGAUACCAGCUUUGGAAGCAAGGGAAAGAUGUGGCCCCUAUUGACCACACACAGCCCACUCCUGGGUCCACACCAGAGCUCCAGAGCUGGCUCAAUAGAAGGAAGAAAGCAGGGACACCAUCUAAAAGCAGCCUCUAUCACCCACAAUCUCGAUCUAAAAAGCCUAAAACACCAGAGGAGGAGGAGGGAGCAGCCAGAAAGACAGUAGUUACAGAAACUGCAGCCAUUGGAGCAGUUACAGAUGGCUUCAAGGUCAAGGGAGAGCCGGAGAGGACAGCAGAGAAGCGGAAGCUGCAAGAGACAAGAUUACUGUCUGGUGAAGGAGCGGCGAGCAUUAGUGAAAUCCAGCAGGAUCACAAGCCAUUGGAUACAAUCCAGUUCUCAGGGGGUAGCCAGACAGAACUGAGAGGAAAGAAGUGCAGAGAGAAAAUAAAUGUGGGAGAGGAGGAGAAGAUCAGGAUUCUCAAGAACAAUUCCGGAGACUUCAGCCCAACCCGGCUCCUCCUUUCCUCUUGCUGCUCGAUGAGUGUUGGAGGGGAGCAGCAGUCUCACGCUUUGGCAGGUUGUAAAGAGAUAGAUACUCAAGAAGUUUGCAAUGAGGCAAACUCUCAUAUCCCCACCAUUUCUGAUGAGGGAUGUCUAGCUACAACAGUCCAAAAUGAAGCAAAGUCUCAGAUCCCAGCAGGCAGUAAUGUUGUAGAUUCUAACAGUACCACAGUGUGUAAUGAAGAAAAUGAUGAAAUCCCAGCAAUCUGUAGAGUAGAGAGUUCUUUCAAUGGUGAGGCAAACUCUUUAAUGCCAACGUUAAGCGCUGAAAUGCACAGUAAUGAGCUGAAGCCUCAUAGCCCCAUGGAUUGCAAUGAAGUUAGUACAGCCAGCAGGGCUGAAAUUGCUCUGUCCCCAGAACAUAAUAGUAUGUUAAAUUUGAUAAUUACAGCUCAAACUGAUAAAGUACAGUUCCUCACUUUAGUUAGUGAGGGUGUCAACGCCAUGACUUCAUCAGGUAGUGGUAGGGGGCAGUUUCAAACUCUGCAACUAUGUGAUGAUGUACACUCUGUAAUUCCAGCACUCAGUAAUGAACUGAAUCCGUUAAUGCCAGAACUAUGUGUUGAGGUAAAAUCUAUAGCUUCACCGGUUAGUGAAGAGGUGCAGUUUUUAACUCCAGCAAGAGAUGAUGAGACACAACCUCCCGAUGCCACGGCAGUCUGCAGAGAGGAAGACUCUCGGCCCCAAGUGAGUGGGGUACAUUCUCUACCAAGUCUCAAGGUGCAGUCUGCAGCUCAAGUAAUUAUCAAUGAGAUGCCAUCUCUAACUCCAGUACAUUGUGAUGGGGUAAAACCGCACAGUCCCACACUUUGUGAUCAAAUAAACCCACCAGACCUGACGCACUGCAUGGAAGAUGACUCUUGGUCCCCCUCCCUCAAUAACGAGGUGAAUUAUUCAGCUCCAGUACUUACUGAAGAGGUCCAAUAUCUAAUGCCAGCCAGCUGUGCUGAAGUGCUGUCUGUGACUGCAGGACUGAGUAGUGAUGCACAGUCUUUAACUCCAGUACUUAAUAAUAUGGUGCCAUCAGUAAUUCAUGCAGCAGUUAGUAAUGAAGUACACACUCAUUCUCAAGCUUUAAGUGAUAAAGUAAAGUCUCUAUCUCCAGCAGCUACUUCUGAAGUGAGCACCUUAGGUUUUGCACCAAGAGAUGAGGCCAAUUCUUCAAUGCCAGCACUAGGUGAGGAGGUCCAGUAUUUAACUACUACACUCAGUAAUGAGAUGAACACUGUAACUCCAGCACUUUGUAAAGGCUUGAACUCUUUAACCCCGGCACCUAGUAGUGCAAUGUACACUGAAACUCAAGGAGUUACUUAUGGACUUGAAUCUCCAAGGCCAGCAGUUUGUGAAGAGGUCAAGCUCCUCAGCCAUGAUGAGGUAAGGUCCCAGGUUCCAAUGAUCUGGGAUGACUUAAAUUCUCAGACCCCAGCAGUUCUAAUUGAGAGCAUGAUCCCUGAAAUCCCAGCUGUCCUGGGUGAGGCAAAGCCUAAAGACACAACAGGUUGCUAUGGUGUGAAUUCUGGAGCCCCACUGUUUUGGAAUGAUAUGACAUCUCAAGCUUCUGCAGCUUGCUGUGUCUCAAAAUCCCAAGCCCCAGAAGAUUGCAAUCAAAAGAAGCAUCACAUUUUAGGGGAGCUUGAAUCCCAGAAGGCAGACACCUCUACUGCAGAGGCGUUGACUCUCUGCAGUGAGGUGACUCUGCAAAGAAUAAAGACUGAUGCUGCAGAGGAUCUAACCCUUUGCAAUGAGUUGACUACCCAAAGAACAGAGACACAGGACGCUGAGGCCCUGACCCUUUAUGAUGACAUAACUCCACAGAGGACAGCAACCCAAGAUAAGGGCUUUCAUAACCUACAAGAGAACUCCGACACAGAAAUCGAACACCCCAGAGAGGAAGAGACCAGCAGUGUUUCAACAGAAGAGGAUGACGUGAGCGACCUUGAGAGUGGAGAGAAUGGAUUGGAGCCUGGAGAGAUACCCAGUUUUCCUAAUCAGGUUGUGAUUGAAGUGGGAGGAAAUAAGAAGGCUAAGAGUUGGCAUCUUCCACUAUGCACACCUGAGACGAGUGCCCCAGUGACUGCAGUGAAACAACAGGUGGUGAGAGAUGAAGACUUACCAGAUGUUUCACCAGCAGAAGAAGAAGUGCAUGAAACAGAGGCAUGGGCCAAACCUCUUGUUCAUCUCUGGCAAAAUAAAAAGCAUAAUUUUCAUGCAGAGAGGGAAUACAACGCUACUGCUGCCAAAACUGAGCCUUACUGUGCUAUCUGCACACUAUUUGUGCCUUACUACCAGCAAGAUGACAAGCAUGAAGAAAGCAGAGUACUUAUGGAGUCAGUUCCUGGCCCAGUGCAGGCCAAAAAGGGCCUCAAGACCAAACCCCUCAUUCCAGAGGUUUGUUUCUCAUACAGAGAGAACAGCGAACCCUGCCCUCCCAGCUCCCUCCUGGAGGAAAAUGGAUCUAGUGCGCUCAUCUCCUGUAGCAAAUGCCUUGUACAGGUGCAUGCCAGUUGUUAUGGUGUUGGCCCUCAGGAAAUUCAGAGUAACUGGUCCUGCAAUCGUUGUGUAAAUGGCGCCUGGACAGCAGAGUGCUGUCUCUGCAAUUUGAGAGGUGGCGCACUGAAGCAAACUACUGACAACAAGUGGGCACAUGUGAUGUGUGCAGUGGCAAUACCUGAAGUGAAGUUCACAAACCAAACAGAACGCAACCCCAUUGACCCCAGCCAAAUACCUUUGCAGAGAUCCAAACUGAAAUGUGCCUACUGCAGGAAGAGAAUCAAGAAGGUCUCAGGAGCCUGCAUCCAGUGCUCGUAUGGCCGGUGCCCAACUUCCUUCCAUGUAACGUGUGCCCAUGCAGCUGGAGUGACAAUGGAACCAGAUGACUGGCCAUAUGUCGUCUACAUCACAUGCCACAGACACAAGAUCAGUCAGACUGCGAAAAGCAAGUUAUGCCCAAAGGACAUAGCAGUUGGGCAGACAGUCAUCACAAAGCACAAGAAUUUGAGGUAUUACAGCUGCAGAGUCACUGAGAUCACAUCCCAGACCUUUUAUGAGCUCACAUUUGACGACGGCUCUUUCAGCAAUGACACGUAUCCAGAAGACAUUGUCACCAGGGACUGCCUCCAGCUAGGUCCUCCAGCAGUGGGAGAAGCUGUUCAGGUCAAGUGGCCUGAUGGACUGUUCUAUGGAGCCAAGUAUCUGGGAUCCAACACUUCCCACAUGUAUCAGGUGGAGUUUGAAGAUGGCUCUCAGCUCUUAGCUAAGCGGGAGGAUGUCUAUACACUAGAUGAAGAGCUCCCUAAAAAAGUUAAAGGACGCCUCUCCACAGCAUCCAGCAUGCGUUUUGAGGACACAUUCUAUGGACAAGACUUAAUUCAAGGGGAGAGAAAGAGACAAAGAGUGCCGAACUCAAGGUUCAAGAAUGACUAUGUGGCUGACCCAGGAUACCGUACCUUCAAACACCAGGGCCGGAAAGGGCAGUAACAAACAUUGUACACAGGAGAAAAUGGAAAAGUGCAGUAGAAAAACCUAGAUGAACAGAAGUGGACUUAAUACACAUUGGAAUCAGCCUUGCUGGCAUUGGACAGAACACUGUAUCCUCUAAAGCAGUGCAUGGAGAACCAGUGCAUUCGUAUCAGUCAGGGAAGAACAUUUACAUAUAUGUAAUAUAUAUUUUCAAUGACAAUAGAUAUUGAAAGCAUAUCUGUUUAUGCUUGUUUUGUAAAGUGUUUUUAAUAUUUUGAGUAUUUUAAGGAUUUUUUAAGCUGUUAAGUUUUGACUUUUGACCCUCUUUAGGCACUUGUUUUUAGAAUGGUUAUUUACGAUAUCUAAGUUGGCAGAUGUUUUUAUAUAUUUAAUUAAAAAAGAAAAAUAAAAGGUUUGUAGCUUGUUUCCAGGCAUGAUAAGCAUUACCCACUACUGUUUGUUUUCCUUUUUUAUAUGAAACAAAGACAUAAGAACAUAAAAAAGAGUUCUAAGAUUUAUAUAUCCAAAUAGAAUUCUCUUUUAUAAUAAUUUAUUUGUGAUUUCUUUUUAAAAUAUUGUUAACUAACAGGUGUCUGAAGUUAAUUAAAGUUAUCAGAUUUGCCUUUUUUCAAAUGUGUGUUUUCUGUUGUGGGGUUUAUAAUAGAUUAUAAAUUCUCUUCUUGUUUCAUGUCUGAUUAUAAUCUGGCCUUUUGUUUUUUUCUGUGGUAAUUAAGAAAGGGUUUCAAGCUUACUUACACAUGUUGUACAAGCAAAUGCAAAGUUGAGACUUGUGCAAUCACACAGCUGCGCCAUCUAUAACAAACAGGUGUCACUGUCAGGCAGUGGUGGGUGAACACGUAAAGAGACAAAGCAUUAAAAAUAGCUGUAUUAUAUUUUGAAAUAACAAGACAGUAUAGGGGGUUUACUGUAUGGUGCGAGCAGGUGACCAUACAUAUACAUCUUGCUGUAUGCUAUUUAGACAAUUGGUAGUAUAUAUGUAUAUAAGUUAGCAAUCAUGUACCUUUUGGAAAGCAUGACUGUAGUAAAAAAAAACAAUGGGUCAAAUGGCAAUUUUGUUUUCAAAUAAAGCAGGAAAAGAAUGAACAGUGGGGAAAUGUAAGACUUGAAAGGGUUAACUAGUUAGCAAACACGUUCUCUUUUAAGUCCUGAUCAUUUUCAGUUUAAAGCCCAGGAUCUCCAAUGAUAUUCCCAUUGAAAACAUUUAACAAGGGUCCCCUAAGGAUCCAGUGCCAAAUGAGAGCCAGAUAUCACCAGAGCACAUCCUUGGGAUUGGGAGAUUUAUAUUCAUUAAGGAAUCCUAGAACGAAUCAAGACAGUUGAGGACUAAAUUAUGUAAACUGACAAGCGAAAGGAAGUCAGUAAAAUGUCCUACAUAUCUAGGCAAUGAAUUCUCUCUUGCUGAGCUGUGAAGGUGUUUUUGAUCUAAGAAUGCAUGGACAAAAGUACAGAACAGUGUGAAAGAAAACAAAAUAAGGCUGUGUCAUUCUGCCUUAAAAGUAAACAAUAAUCAUCCCCUUCUUUAUUGGCAGAACCUUUAAUUCAAGCUAACAAAGAAGAUGCCAAGAUACAACUUUAAUAUACCAACUAGUUCAACCUUUAUAUGUUCUGUACAUGGUUGGAAAAAGCAAUGGAACUUGAACAGCAGCUAUAGUAGACCCAUCACAGGGCCCUGGGCAAACACUUCUGGGUCUCUACCUUCUUAUAUUAUUAACAACAAAAA